AUUAACUUCACUAAACAUCUAAUCUACACAAAACACAAAAUCAAUACACAAGUGCUCUGACUGGCGCUCUGACCUUUCAUCCAUCCUCAACUCCAUCAGCCACAUGGCUCAUCAAGGUCAUCAUCAAAAAUCAUUAAACUAUCCUGAGGAAAAUGAUGAGACACAGAGUGAGGAAUUCCUGCCUGGGCUUCUCCUGGCCCCAAAGACCUCUCUUGAUCACUCCACUGUCCUCAAGAGGGUGGUGAAAGGACCGACAUUUAGCCACCAACACAACCCUAUGAUGUCCAGUCUUACCCAGUCCUGUGUAAAAUUUAUCCAGCAUGAUCAUUUAACCAGACCAUGCCAGCACCCGCUGUACCCCAACCAGGUUGAUACUGACAGCAGAAAUCUCAGGGCCCAACAUGACUGGCAUUACCCCAGCUACCAUAGCACAAGUCUUGGAGGGUGUCAAACAAGCAGUCUACCAUCGUACUUGCCCUCUACUAAGUACCAGACUUACCUGGGGGCCAGCUAUGUUUUUCCCAGUUGGUAUCACUCCCAUCUGGGUACACACAGCCUCAGCCUUAAUAGUCUGGAACAGGCUGGCUCUCUGCACUCUUUUCCUACAGACAGGUCUUCUGUACACACCAACCAAGUGAAGCCAUUCCCUAGCCUCCACUGUGGGUACAAUGGUCCCAUUCCAUUCCAAGUAGACCUUCAGGAUCAUCUCAUCCCCAAGCCUGGAUAUCAGCCACUCCACAGACUCAAAGUGGUGAUGUUUCUUACAGACCUGGGCAGAAAAGUCCCUGCAGCACACAGCUUUCUGAGGAACAAACACAGCAGCUUUUCAGCUGCGAGGAGACUGGCAUGUGUACUCGAGCUGGGAGAACUGUCUCCUCUUGGCUCUCUCCCCCUUAUCAGCCCUCAACCAUCAGCGAAAGGAAAAGUAUUUGUCACAUAUGAGGUGGACAAUGAAGAUCAUCUUAAGGAGGUGAUCAAGUUUGUGGCUUUGUUGAGGAACAAUGGCUUUGACACGCACAUUGAUGUUUUUGAACAGCAGCUCUAUAGCAUCAAUAAGAUUGACUGCAUGGAAAGAUAUCUCAAUGAGAAAGAUUACCUCAUUAUCAUGGUCAUUAGUCUGAAGUAUUUUGAGACAGUAACAGGUGCUGCUGUAGGUGUGGACUGUGAUGAGAGGACCUCAAGCACUGUGUACAUCCACAAGCAGCUUCAGAGUGAAUUCAUUCGGAAUGGCUGCAGGAACUUCAGGGUCGUUCCUGUGCUUUUUCCUGGGGCUAAGAAGAGCUACGUUCCCUUUUGGCUGCAGAACACAUACGUGUACAGCUGGCCCAGAGAUCGGGAUGAUAUUCUGCGCCGGCUCAUGCGGGUGGAGAAGUACAAUCCCCCACCUGUCGGCCUACUGCCCACCAUCUUCUCAAUGCCUAUCUAACUAGCCAAGAUGCAUUCGGGACAACAGCACCAGCGCAACAGAGUUUUAAAAGUUAAAAUCUGCCUAGCUAGAUGAUGCACACGAUGGGACAUGCACAGUCAGUAUAGAUACAGGUGUUAAAUGUAAUGUCUACCAUCAUGUACGAGAAGAGAUAAGGAUUAGAGAUUAUAAAGUAAAUUAUAUGUACAUAUAGUAUGGAGCAUAUACUAAAUGUGCAUUAUAGCUAAUAAAACUGGGUUACUCAAAAAUAUUGAAAUAUGUGGAAACAGGUGAGGAAAACAGUCUUCAAGAAAGAUGUGCAGGAGUUGAUUAAAUGAUUUAAUAAUCAUAAGCUGUGCAGAUUCCCUUUUCCUUUUUUAUUAAUUUAUUAGAGGGUUUUUUUUUGCAUAUAGCUGGCAAUUAAAACAAUUAGGCUCAUACCAUUUAACACAGCUCUGCUAUUUUGAAUUUUAGUACUGAGCAAAUGCAGAAAGUGCACAUAAAAUAUACAAACUUGCCUCACUCACAAAAAAUAUAACAUAACAUCUGACUUUUUGUAUCAGAUCUAAAUAAAUUCACGUUAAAAUAAUAAAUAUGAGCAAAAUGUGGUACUACCAUAAUCCUGAUAUUUAAGGCAGAUCUGUUGCCAUAUUGACACUCCUGACAAGCUACUCUGUUUUGUCAUGCAAAAAUGCAGACCCUUUCCCUAAUCACUAAAACUUAAUCAUAUAAUAUAGUCUGUACCUUAGAUUUAAUUCUGUAAUUAAAGCCUGCAUAAAAUAAAGC